AUGGCUAGCUACGGCGGAGGUGGCGGAGGCGAUGGCUCGCUCAAUUCUCUUCUCGCCCAGCUCCAGCGCCAGCACUCGCACCACUCCCAGCAGUCCAGCGGCAAUGAGAACAUCGAUCCAUCUGCUGCAUCUCAGUACCAGCAGCACCAGCAGCAGCAGCACCAGCAGCCUUACGGCUAUGAUCUGCGCUCUCAAUUCAACCCGUACAACAGCAGCCAGCAAGCUCCCCAGUAUCACCACCACCACCAGCAGCAGCACGUAGACGAAACGCUCCCUUCUCAAGACAGCACCGACUACAACCCUCCUGCCGCUCCGACCCCGCCAGCUGGUGCCAUGUACGCGUCGCAGCAUCCCCCCGGAUUUGCCGCGAGACCAAUUGAAGGUGGCGACGAUCGCACCUCGAGCUUGUUGAGCCUUCUGAAAUUGAACAGCGGCUCAGGUGGACAGCAAGGCCUGUCGCAGCAGCAGCAGCAGCCACAACACCAGCCAUCGGAACAGCUUCACCGCGAGUCCCUCAUUCGUCAUGCCUCAAACCAGCAGCCCAGCACCAUUCAUGCCCCCGCACCGUCCUCCGCCGAUCCCACCGGCCUGCUCGCUGCACUUAUGAGAGGCAAGUUCCAGGACGAUGAGACCAGGUCAGAGCACUCGCCCAAGCCUCAGCCUCAAGAGCCCGCGACUGAAACCACCUGGAACACCGCGCCCCCGCCCGAGAACACGCAGCAGUACUUGCUCAACUUGUUGAACCGACCCAAGCCUAGCCAGAGCGACGCCCGUCCUGAGCCUCGCGCGCCCAGCGACGCCGACCACUCGGCCAAGAUCGCCUCCCCCGCAAGCGAGAAAUCCAACAAGCAGGACAUUGCUACUCUCGAGCGGGUCCUGUCCGACUCCUCUCAUCGUGGUGGCAGUGGUCCUGCUGUCCCGUCUGCGGACUCGUUCGAAUUCGUCUCGCAGGACGCCGUCCUCCCGCCGCAGCUCAAGUUCAAGCCUUCUCCGGCUCCCGCACAAUCCAGUAGAGAUGGCACCCCUCCUACAAAGUCUGGGAUUUUCAACUAUACCAAUCCGUUCGACGAGCUCACUGCUUCCGUGUCUCCUCACAAUCGAGCCAACAGAAAGUCCACAACGCCUGGAGCGUCCGCUUCUCCCAGCAUCCAGGGUCAAGCCCCAGGACUGGUCCAGAUAUUGAAGAAGCCCGGAUCAGCCGGCGGGCCGGAACACAAGCGCCUGUCAAGCUCCAACAGUCACCUGGAAGGUCGCGAGUCUGUUCGCCGAAAGGUGGAUGCCUCCAGCGCACAGGAUCACCAUGGCGAACCCUCUUUCCCAGACCGCGAGCCCGAGGCUAAACCCAAGGAGACAGUGGCUGAGGCUGUUAGCGACAUCGCCAACCAGGCUGAUCUGCAGGCACGCGAGGCGAUCAGUCGUGCUGAAGAUGAGCAAGCGCAGGCUAGGAUCACCCAAGAUCUCAAGGAGCUGAUGGCUGCUCAAACGGAUAAAGAGUUUGACAAAGCAGCUGCCCACGCGGCUUCAGACAUCAAGGAUGAGCUCGAGAAGGAGCAGAACAGGGAUGCCCUCGAGGACGCAUUCCGUCCCGAGUUGGCGAAAGUCGUUCGAGACAUCAUAGAUGACGCCGCCCAGGGCCCUGUCGCUGACAGCUGGGAGAGCGCCGAGGCCGAAGACGAGAUCGUCGUUAUCGAAGAGACUACGAGCCCUGUCAAGGUCUUCAACUUCCCCAUGAAGCCGUGGAUCUCCAUCUCGAUCCAAGAAGGCGCCAAUGACACUCGCCCCGUCUUCCGCGAUGAGGCCAUUCUCGACAUUGCUCGGCUCAAGAAAGAGUUCGACCAAAUCGACCGUAACCUCGUGGCUGCUUCUGAAGCAUAUCUGGCGUACGGCAUGUCUAAGGCUGGCGGUCUCCGCGUAAUUAGGCAGGACGAUGGCCGUGAUGCCAAGUUGUUUGCUGAUACGAAGGAUCGCAUUUUCAACCUUGCGAUUUCUUCCACCCCCGCAGACCAGGACAUCACCCAGAAGGAGGCAAUCGUUGGCACCGGUAUCAGUGGCACGGUCUACUGGGUCCAGGUCAGGGACGGCGAGAAAGACCACCUGGACGACGCGCAUCUAGAGCAGUAUGGAUUUGCUCUGCCACCAAGCAGUGCCCAGGAGGGCGGAGACGCCCCGGGCGGUGUUUUGAAGACACGCGCUCGCACUUCUACCAACCACCCAGAGUACUUUGCUGUCGGCCGUGGCAAAUCCAUCAACAUCAUCUGGCCAUCGUUUGUCUUGCAGAGAAAUCUCAUCAAGCCCGGCCAUGACCGCGUCGUCGACACAGACCGACUUGCUAAGGAGUGCUCCCUGAAAAUCAAUACUGGAAAGGCUGGUAAGGACUUCACUUUCAGUCAGGAUGACUCUGUUGUUGUCUCACUCGACAAGUCGGGCCGCGUCAAAUUCUGGGAUGUCCGUGACCUGACGGCCCCUGACGAGGAAUCUGACCCUCGCAACCCGAUGCCAGCACACACUUCGGCCGAGGUUAAGGAGCCUCUGAUGACUCUAACUACAACACCAGAAGGUGAAAAGGCCUGGCCCACUUCUGUGUUGCUGUUGGAUAAGCUCCGGCCGUACCAGAAGCGCACCGCGCUGCGCUACUUGAUCGUGGGUAUGAAACAAAACCACACGUUGCAGCUCUGGGAUCUGGCACUGGGCAAGCCCGUCCAAGAAUUCAACCUGCCUCACAGCAAGGAAUCCGACGCGGUUUGCAGUGUCAUGUAUCACCCCCCGUCAGGUAUCAUUGUUGUCGGCCACCCGACGCGGAACUCCGUCUACUUCCUCCACCUUUCGGCGCCUAAGUACGCGUUGAAAAACAACCCGUCUCAGGUCGACUACAUUCAAAAAUUGGUGGCGCAAGACCCCUCAAUCCCCACUCCUGACUCUACGGCAGUCAUCAGUGGCAUGCGGGAGUACUCGUUCGCCAACAAGGGAGUUUUGCGAAGCCUCUACCUUCUCCAGAACCCCGCUUCCUCCAGCGAGGGCGCUGAGGCUACGCUUUUCGAGCUCUAUGCCAUGCACUCCAAGGGCGUGGCGUGUCUUUCCAUCAAAGCGUCAGAGCUUGGAUGGGACGAGGACAACAAGGUCAUCAACCCUGUCGACGCUACUCAAGCCGGCGUUGUAACAAUCACGAAGCUGAGGCCACCGCCGCCCCAGCCCCAGAAUCAACUUCCCGAGGACGCAGCAACGCAGCCCGCGAUUCGGCUCGCUGUGCGACCAAAGGAAACGGCCGCUGAAGCCGCACCGGAGUCAUCGGCGCGGAAGGUAGCCACCCCACCGAAGCACAAAGAGGCCAAGGAGGAAGAAACUGCGGUGCCAGCUCCUGCUGAAAAGCCUGACAAGAAGGGCCGAAAGAAGAAGGCUGCUGCUGAAAAGGCUGCCGCCCAGGCUGCCGCGUUGGCUGACCGUGAACGUGAAGCUGCCCAGACUAACGGCCACCCUCCCAAGGUCGUAGCUACCACAACCCACGAGCCAGCCAAGGCCACGAAAUCCACUCCUUCCUCAAGUUUCUCGCAAGAGGUCGACACUCGCAUCAACACCAUGGAGAAGCGCCUCGUUGAGAAUAUUGCGAGCUCGUUCCAGGCCGGACUGUCUGGUCUCCGUCAAAAUCUCGACAAGGAUGCCAAAGCUCGCGACGGCCAAUUCGAAGGCAGCCAGCUCAAGCUGCUUGGUAUGGUCUCGGAGGUUCUUAACGAAAACUGCCAGGGUGUGCUCGCCAAGAUUAUUGAAGAGGAGAUGGAGAAGUCCAUCGCGCCUAGAGUCGGAGAGGUCGUCACUCGCACCGUGUCUGCGGAGCUUGGAAACAGGCUCGGCAGUUCUGUCUCGCAGUCUGUGCAGAAGGAAAUGCAGCGCGCCCUCCCGCAUGCGAUGGACCAGGCUCUGCGGAAGCCCGACCUGGUCAAGUCCAUGACCGACAAGAUGGUCCACACACUCUCUGCCAAGAUCGAUGAGCAGCUUUACGCAGUCCUUGAUGAUAGAAUCAUCCCUCGAUUCACCAAGCUGGCUACCGAGGCUGUGACAGCCUGCGGCAAGGAGAUCUUGGUGAACGUCAACAACCAAUUCAGUGCCAUUGAGCAGGUACGCCUGAAAGACAUGCAGAAGUUUGAUCAACUCGUUGCCCUCAACACCAACAUGUCAGAAACUCUGAACACCUUGGUCACCGCCCAGGCGAGCUUCCAGGAGGAGAUCUUGAGGCUUCAGACCGAACUUGUCAAGCAGCAGCAGCGGAAGGUGUCACCACCGCAUUCGUCUCGCUCUCGACAAAUUGCGCAGGAGAGUCAAGGACCGGGCAAUGGCGCAUACCACAGCCCUUCUCACAGCCAGUCUCAGGCUUUGCAACACGUUGCCCAAGCAGUCUUGCCUCAGCAGCACUACGGCAGCCCCCAGAAUGUGGCACAGCAGUAUUCCAACGCGGCUGCAGCUGCGGUGAACUCGCCGCAGCAAUGGGCACCUGCGAGCUCCAUUGUCUCCCCACCGCAUCAGCACCAGCAGUACCCCAAUCAGCCUGUGAACCCCAGCAUUCUUUCUCUGCAGCAGUCUCAGCAGUUUGGGAGCCCGUCCAGUCAGCAGUCCAACCAGAUCUCUGGCCAGCAGCAAAUCCAGCAGACGCCGCAGCAACCACAGUCACUUGCCGCAUCGCAGCUCUCCGGGUCCCAGGUUGUAUUUCAACCCACAACCAAGGACAACCGCGAGCGUCUGGACCUCGAGCAGGCUUGUGAACGUGUGCGCAACUACAUGGCCCAGGGCAAGUUUGAUGACGCAGUUAUGACCUGGAUCCAGGACACCCGUAACGAGGAGGAAGUCUUCUCGCAGGUCCUUGCCAAGUACGAUGCGACCUUCAUCCAGAACCUAAACCCGCUGCUGCUCUUGACGGUCGCGGCGACCGUCACAGCGAACCUGGAGAACCCACAGCUGCUGCACACCAAGCUCGGAUGGACGGAGGUGGUCCUGGUGACCUUCUUCGAGGCUCUUCCCCGAAUUGAGGGACAAGUCCGCGAGAUAACACCAAAGGUCAUGUCGCUGCUCAAGGGCCGCCUUGAACACAUAUUCCUGCGCCUCAGCAGCACGGUUCCCAGUGACCCGGCUCUGAGGAAUAUCUCCACCAUGACGAACCUCACGCAGCGGAUCACAGACACCAUGCGACCUCUUACCGCUAGUACGUCAUACUAG